AUUUCCGGUUUGAUCGAAGUCAAUAGCGUGUUUGUUGUUGACACGACAUGUAUGGAUUCUACUUUCUGUUCGCUUUGGUGAUUUAUUUCUUCGAAAUAGACAACGGAGGAUGGUCUACAGAGAAGGAGGCUAUGAUAGCCAGGCCUGGACCAUGUACAGUAGAUGUGAGGGAUGACAGUAUCACACAGAAAGAAUUCCUUAAAAGUUAUGCAUUUUCAAAGCCAGUAAUAAUAAGAAGAAGAGGAAGUGAAAAUUAUAAUUUUUUGAAAUCUUGCCGAAAAAAGAAAAUGCUUGAAAAAUAUGGAUCAAAGAAAAUACGAUUAAGUUCUGCAAAUACACAUUCUUAUCAAAAACUUGAUGUAUCGUUACGGUAUUAUGUUGAUCAUGUGAUGAGACCACAGACACUACAAAUGUUAGGCAAUGAAACGUUUUACUGGUUUGGUGAUAACAACUACACAGAGUGGAAGGACCUUUUUGACCUGUACUCUGCUCCCCCGUACCAACUCCCCGACAUGACUGGAGUGUACAGUUUUGGGCUCGCAGGUGCAGGCACUGGUGUACCUUUCCAUUUCCAUGGCCCAGGGUUUGGUGAAGUCAUCUUUGGCAGAAAGCGUUGGUUCCUGACACCUCCAGAUAAGAAGCCAAAUUUCCAUCCUAACAGAACAACGUUACAGUGGCUGAUAGAAGAUCUACCUAAGCUCAGCCCUGAGGACCAUCCUCUGGAAUGUACUAUAGGCCCAGGAGAGGUUAUCUACUUUCCCGACAGAUGGUGGCAUGGGACCUUGAACAUUGACACCAGUGUUUUCAUCAGUACAUUCCUAGGAUAACAUUAUAAAUAUUUAUACAUUUGUUUUAUUUUAAUAAAAAACAUAUUUUAUGGAAAGACAA